AUCUGCUUACCCUCCCUCCAUGUCCUGGUUCCUGCAGGGUGAAGAACCACAGAGAGGAGCUGCUCCCGCUCCGGGAACGGGGAGAGUGACAAAGCCCCAGAGCCCAGGCAGCCCUGGCCUCCAAGAUGUCCUUGAAGGUGCAGACCAGCAACAUCACCAACAAGAAUGACCCCAAGUCCAUCAACUCGCGGGUGUUCAUCGGCAACCUCAACACGGCGCUGGUGAAGAAGUCGGAUGUGGAGACCAUCUUCUCCAAGUACGGGCGCGUGGUCGGCUGCUCCGUGCACAAGGGCUACGCCUUCGUGCAGUACUCCAACGAGAGGCACGCGCGCGCCGCCGUGCUGGGCGAGAACGGCCGCGUGCUGGCCGGACAGACCCUGGACAUCAACAUGGCCGGGGAGCCCAAACCCAACAGACCCAAAGGGCUGAAGAGAGCAGCUUCUGCCUUGUACAGUGGCUACGACUUCGAUUAUGACUAUUACAGAGACGACUUCUACGACAGGUGAGGCGCCGGCCCGAGGGGCUGUGUGGGGCAGGGA